AUAUGCAAAUACUUCAAAAAGGAGGACUUGCAUGCAAAAUGUCUCAUCCUUGCCAAAAGAAAGGAAGCGUAGACAGUAGACUGCGGCUGCCAACACCAAUCUUGCAAGAUUCUCUCUUCAAGACAUGGACAACGCACCAGAAACACCGAAAAUGACACUGGCUUCCUGCUACGGCCACCGGGAAAUGCCGGUAAUAGGCAUGGGGACAGCGGCGGACCCCUUCGAUGAAGCCACGAUGAAGACGGCGGUCCUGGAGGCGAUAAAGAUUGGCUACAGGCACUUCGACACUUCUCCACUGUACAGGUCAGAAAAAGCUGUGGGAGAAGCCAUAGCUGAAGCGCUUAGACUUGCCCUUAUUGGUUCUCGAGACGAGCUCUUCAUCACUUCUAAGCUUUGGUGCUGCGAUGCUCACAGCGAUCUUGUCAUGCCUGCUCUAAAGAAUUCCCUCAGGACUCUUCAACUGGAGUAUCUAGACCUUUAUUUGAUCCACUGGCCCAUCAGUUUCAAGCCUGGAAGAUUGAUGUUCCCAGUGCCUAAGGACGAGCUUCUGCCAAUGGACUUCAAGUCUGUGUGGGCAGCCAUGGAAGAGUGCCAACAGCUUGGCCUCACAAAGGCCAUUGGAGUCAGCAACUUUUCUUGCAAGAAGCUUGAACACUUACUUGCCUUCGCUACUAUCCCUCCUGCAGUAAAUCAAGUGGAGAUGAGCCCUCUCUGGCAACAGAAGAAGCUCAGAGAAUUCUGCAAGGCUAAUGACAUCGUAGUGACUGCUUACUCUCCUCUAGGAGCAAAGGGGACUCGCUGGGGCAGCAGUUUAGUCAUGGACAAUGAAGUACUAAAUGAGAUUGCAAAGACUCGUGGCAAGACUGUUGCUCAGGUUUGUCUGCGAUGGGCGUAUGAGCAAGGAACAAGUUUUGCAGUCAAGAGCUAUAGGAAAGAAAGACUGAAGGAGAAUAUGAACAUCUUUGAUUGGGCACUAUUGAAGGAUGAUCAUGACAAGAUUAAUCAAAUCCCACAACAAAGAUUACAACCUAAAGAAGAACUAGUUUCAGCUAAUGGACCAUACAAGUCCCUUGAAGAGCUAUGGGAUGGGGAGAUUUAACCUCAUAUUAAAUAAAUUGUAAAUUGAACUCCAGAGCUUUAUCUUGAUAAAUGAUGUGAACUUGUAUCGUACACUUGCUCCUUUGGCUUUGUACUUAAGCGCAAGAGCAUGAGGGCAUGUUGUGUAAAUUGAAGCAAGAAAACCCAGAAGGUUCCUCUCAUCUCUUCACAGCAACCUUUGUGCAUGCAAAUUGUUGAUGUGUGUGUGUUAUGCAGUACUGAAAACUCAGAGAUGAUGAAUUAUUCAGGUGGAGAUGAGCCCUGUCAGUCAACAAAGGAAACUCAGAGAACUCCACAAGGCCAAAGGUAUGGUUGUAACAGCUUAUUCUCCCCUGGGAGCAAAAGGGGGUCGAUGGGGCACUAAUUUUGCAAUGGACACUGUAGUGCUAAGUGAAAUUGCAGAGGCUUGGGGAAAGACCAUUGCUCAGGUUUCUCUUACAUUAAGCCUGUGUAGUUUCUUUCUGUUACAUUAUUCAUUGAAGAGGGAUUGUGACAUCA